CAGAGGCCCGCUGAGACAACGGGUUGCUAUAAUGUGCGCAUGGCUCAUUAAGCUCAGGUAAUAAUGAACCAAUGGCAAGCUCAGCUUGUCUCAUCUAAUCCUUAUUUUCUGCAAGAAACACUAGAUGGCAGCGCAGGCCAAGCAAUGGCCGCCCACCGAGCAUCCACUUGGCAGAGUGAGAUAGAAUCCACCAGUUGUUCCUCCAGCACUUGUGCGGUUUCUGUCGGCAGCUGCCGCUGAGUUCGUUCACUUUCAGGCGUUAUUUGCUGAGGAAAGCCUACCCUCCAAGGUCAACAGAUCACCUGCGGACCCCCGAACCACGCCAGGACACCCAGUUUCUUCUGGAGGAGCGCUGAGCAGUUGGAGCUGAUUGAAGGACGCCAUGCAUUACUUCUGGAUAUACAGCGUUUGGAUCCCCUUCCUCGCUUUCCUCUUCGGAUUUCAAGGAUUCCCCGUCCGGAGUGUGGAUAUGCAGAGGGCCACCGACAACAUCACUAUCCGACAGGGCGACACGGCGAUUAUAAGGUGUUAUGUUGAUGACAAAGUCUCCAAGGUGGCUUGGCUCAAUAGAUCCAACAUCAUCUUUGCCGGCCAGGACAAGUGGUCCCUGGACCCCAGAGUAGAUCUGGUCACUAAAGGACAGCUGGAGUACAGCCUGCGCAUACAAAAGGUGGAUGUGUAUGAUGAAGGCUCGUACACCUGUUCCAUACAGACUAAGCAGCAGCCCAAGACCUCACAGGUCUACCUCAUUGUACAAGUUCCAGCCAGUAUCUACCAAGUGUCAAAUGACAUUACGGUGAAUGAGGGCAGUAACGUUACACUCAGUUGUUUGGCCAAUGGCAGACCAGAUCCUGCAAUCACUUGGCGACUGCUCAACCCAUCAGCCGAGCCGUUGGACGGAGAAGAGUACCUGGACAUUAUAGGCAUCAUGCGAACCCAAGCAGGCCGCUAUGAAUGUAAGGCCAGCAACGACGUCGCCACUCCCGAUGUCAAAUACGUCAAUGUGAUUGUCAACUAUCCUCCAACAAUAAAGAAAACCCAGAGCUCCGAGACUCCUGUGGGCCGCAACGGGACACUGCGGUGUGAAGUAACCGCAGUCCCCACACCAGAGUUCGAAUGGUACAGAGACGAUAAAAGGCUGGCUAAUACCCAGAGCAUCACCAUCCAAACUUCUGGAACUACCACUAGUCUCACGAUUGCCAACAUCACUGAAGAGGAUUAUGGGAACUAUACCUGCGUGGCCUCAAACCGACUGGGCGUCCAGAAUGCCAGCCUUUUCCUCUAUAGACCCGGGACAGGCAGAGAUAUCAACGGCUCUGCCUGUGUAUCUCAAUCACUGUGGCUCCUGCUAGCCUCCUUCGCCUGCCUUUUCUUGAAGUGUUAAUAUCCCUGCCCUCUAUCCUUCCCCUUCUCUCCCCCCAGCCUCGCACCUUGGCCUUCCGCCCCAUUCGCUCUUCUUCUUCUUCUUCUUCUCUCCAACUCACCGGCAUCCUUACUGCUACCUUAUUACCAACUUUGCCGCCCUCUUCCCCAGACUGUUUGCAUCAUGAUACAGAAACCUUACGUGCUGUCAAGCACUGCUUACAGGUGUGAAAAAAAAACGAUGGGUUAUGAGUAAAAUGUUUUAGGAACAACAACAAAAAAAAAAAGAGUAAAAUGAAGGACAAAACAAGCAAACAGUGCUUUUUAAAGAAUUGCAUUGUUCUUUUUGAUUGGUAUGCACUUCUUUUGUUUCUGCUUUAUCUUGUCUUCUGGGUCUGGGUCGGGCUUUGGGAGGGGGGUUGUGGGGGGGUUGUUUGUUUUUUUGUUGUCUACAUGGGAAUAAAAAUGAAGGUGGCCUGGCUCACAGGGACACCAAGAAAACAAUCAUUUGUCUCUAGGACUACUGAAGACAUGAGGUGUAUUUCUUCUUACUCCCUUAGAUGUAUUAUGUUAACUUAAAGCGUAGAUUUAACCGAGUGUUUAUAACCAGUGCAUUAAUGAGAAACACGUAAAGCAUCUGCCAAAUAUACACGUAAAUUUCAAACUAACACAUGUGAAACUCAAAGGGAAACUGCUACGGCUGAUUUUGCGAUGAGAUUAGAGCUGUAAUUUGAUGCUACUGUGCUGAAACACAGAUAUAGUGUUAGGCAGAUACCUCUGCAAUCAGUGUCAUUGCAAGCGGAGCCCAGAAAUAUGGGAACAGAAACAAACCUGAAGAAAUGAGUUUGUCUGGAGCUCUGUGAUAUCUUGCGACCCUUCCCCAUUAUUCCAAAAAACAACCUGUUUUUCUUUUUCUUUCUAGACUCUCACUUACAAACAACAACAAAAAAGAGAACAGGGAAGAGAAACACACAGUAGGUUAUAAUGAUGCGUAUUGUACAUAGUAAAAUUUUGUAUUACUCUAUGAUAAGAAAACCAUGAUGUGCAGUUUAUCUCAGAGGCUGCACCGAGCAGUGUUUGCAUUCAGUCGAUGAGUUUUAGGAUCAUUUUAUCCCUACUGCUGGAAUUUGGAUAAAAAUGUAUGACACCAAUGAAUGACUUACUUUUUUGUUUUUCUCUUAAUCAAAAACACGUGUUUUCAUACGAAAAUGAUACAGAAAAAAUCAUAUUAUAUAGAUAUUGGGGGUAUUAUUUUGUGUGCACCUCAUGAAUCCACUGUCCUUAUAUAUGAAAAAAGCUCAUUUUACAUGAUUCUGAAUAUGGUUGUGAUUUGUUGAGGAUUAAUGAAAUGCAGACCUUUGGACCUGGAAGAUACCCAUUAUACAACAAUGUUUUUUAUGUUGUUUUUUGUUUUUUAUAAUUCUGUGCAGUAAUUAUUGUACCUGUCCUUGAAACGAGAUGAGUGCUAGCUUAAAUGAUGUUAAACAGAGGGAGUAUUAUGAGCUUCAUAAUGCUCUUACGCAUACCUGAGAUUUAAUAUGACAGAAGAAACCAAAUGAAUACUGAAUGCAGUUCCCCUCAGUGUCACCAAGGCCACUGUGCUGAAGGCCUUAUGGGGAAAAAAAAUCAAACAAAUGAGAAAUAAUGAGAAUAAUAGUGCUGUUACCUCACCGUGUCCUACAGCAAGAUUUCUAAUCACUCUUUUGCCAAUGCUUAGACUGAACAGUGAGUUAGUUUCUUUAUGAACAAAAUGGUUAAAUAAAUAUGUUACGUGUUGAUAUUUUGAAGAAAAUCUUUCAAAGGGAGCAGCUCGUAGGCCGUAGCUGUUAAAGAGACAGCACUGACACUGGUGGUGACUAAUAGCGUUUGGACUCCAGUGCCCAGCUCAGCUCUUUGAUUGGAUGUGUGCGUUCAGGUCUCCGCUCUUUCAAACAACCAAGCCGAGAUAGUACUGUAAAAACACACGUGUAAUUAAUGUCAUCCUUGUCACGCAUUAAAAGACUCGUUCCCAGUGUGUUCUCUCAUUGUAAAUGCUUCUGAGGCCAUGGCUGUGUGUGUAGUGUUGGUAAUGCUCCAGUCUAAGCUGAGACGUACAGAGACUGAAAACCCACCGCGUUUUUAAUCAAAACUGAAGCAUUUAUGAAUUCAUAUUUCCAUUAGCUCCAUGAGACACAACGAAAACAAUGUCUUGCGAUCAGAUCUCUUAGAAUACGAAAGAAGCUGCUUGUUUUUACACUUUUAUUGUGUUGCGUGCUUUUUUUAUUAUUUUAUCUUAUUUGGUUUUAUUUUACAACUGUGCGAAUGAGUCCUGGUGUUUUUAUACUGCAGUCUGCAGAUUGAUUUUUAGGCUCUAACUUAACCAUACUUGAGGACGCUAUUGUAGUUUAUCAGCAGUUAUCUUCUUACCUUAAUUAGAGCCGAAUGAUCUGGUAGCUGUGGUGAAAUAGUUUUUCAUGAUCAGUUUCCAUAAACAUGGUCUGUGCUACCAGUGAGCUUUACAGAAGAGACAAAAUAAAUGUGUUGUCUCUUUGUUUUAUUUCAGCGGGGGAGACCCUGACAGACCAAAAAAGCUGGGUCAGAUAUCCCCAAAUUGUGUUCUGCAUUUAAUUUCAUGAGCCUGCAUACAGGUCAUUGUCUAGAAUUUCUGCCAUUCAGGUGUGUUUUCCAAUGAGACUAAGCUCACCGAUGUGGAAGUCUAAGUGCUUCCGUGCGGGUUAAAACCAGCUAAUAAGCACUUGACUUAUAGGACCACUGAUGUAAAAGCCAUGGAGCUCUGUCUUAUCCAUAAAGCAGCGAGAAAAAAGGAGAUCUGGUGUUAUUCCAUUGCUCAUAGAAACCAACAGCCAGCCUAUAAUGACACAGCACCAACCCCCUGCAGACAGACCUAGAUAUCUACUCAAGACUGUAGAUACAGCUAUGUAGUUUACUACUCAGCAUUGCCUCAAAACAUCGCCGAACUGGCUUGUGUAUGUGUGCGUGUGUACUCAUCUGUUUAUAUGAUUAACCUGCUGGAAAAGUGGCAUACAUGUGAGGCAUGAGAUAAAUGAUGAGUUGGCCCAGCAGCUAACUAUCUACUUUCCAUUGAGCUAUGGUUACACUUGUAACCCUCUAUAUUAAGUUUAGAUUGUUUUUUUUCUCUUCCUCUGUGUGUAUAUACAGCAUUAUGUUUCUACUGUAGAAUGUUGUAAAGUCAGCAAAUCCAUAAGAUUGUGUUUAUACAACUCUACAUUUAAAAGUUUAAAAGGCAAAUGUAACUAUCAUGUUUGUACUUCCUUCCCUUUGUCGCGGGGAAUUAAGAUUCAAUCAUGGAUUAGGACACAGCAAUGUCCCUUUUUUUCUAUUUUACUUUAUUAUGGUAUAAGGUAAUUGAAGUCAGUUUCUAAAAAAUAAAAUAUGACAUGUAAUAAAGGUAUAUGAGAAAUGUUAACAAAAUAAAGUUGUUUGAAUUCAGUGUUCUGUAUUUGAAUGUGACAUGAAAUGUCGAAGCAAAGUAACCUUUUCUUUCUGGAGACAGCUUGGAACACAUGUUGUGUUAAUCACCAUGUAACAUGCAAAUAAAAUAAUAUAUGUAUUGUUA